AUGCUGCACACACUCCUCAGACUGAAGGUGCUCACACUGUUGUGGAUUAUAGCAAUGCUUUGUGAUGAAGUUGCGGAUUCUAUAAAGGUAAUUAAUGUAAAUCAACCAAACCCGUUGAUCACUGCAGCUGUUGGUGAGAAUGUGACUCUGGAAUGCUUUCGACUAGGAGAGGACCACACCAAUGCCAUGUUUUGGUACAAGCAAAAAGUAGGUCACAGGCCUCGUGUAAUGGUCACAGUUCAACAGGAAUCAAAUUACGAAGAUGAGUUCAAGUCACCAAGAUUCAGCAUCGAGAAAGAAAAAUCGAGCUGCCAUUUAAAAAUCUCUAAUGUGGAGCCAUCAGAUGAAGCCAUGUAUUACUGUGGAUUUAGACAGUUUUUUACAAAGUUUGGAAAUGGAACAUUUUUAGCAGUGACAGAUGACAGCGAUGUUAAAGUCUCCGUGUUCCAGAGCAGUGUGUUGGACUCGGUUCCUGCAGGAGCGUCAGUGACUCUGCAGUGCUCGGUUCUCUCUGAGAGCAAAGCAGCAGAACUCCAAGUGCUCUGGUUCAGAGCUGCUCCACCACAAUCCCAUCCUCAAAUCAUUUACACUCAUCACAACAGCAGCCAUCAGUGUGAGAGCGGCUCUUCUACACACACCUGUGUGUACAACUUCUCCAAGAACAUCCUCAGCCUCAAGGAUACUGGGACUUAUUACUGCGCUGUGGCCGCAUGUGGGAAGAUCAUUUUGGGAAAUGGGACACAAGUACAACUGGAGAGCUCUGUGGAUCCUGUAGUGAUCUGCCUCGCUCUAGCUUUGGGAGUGUGUAUCAUCGUGAUCUUUGCAUUCAUAUUUUUUGUAACCCGCAAAGACAAAAACAGGGUGAGGCCCAAACAAGGUUUUAUGGUAGACAAGACCCUCAAUCAGGACUGUGACAAUAUGGAGUUGAAUUACGCUGCCUUAAAUUUCAGUGAAAGGAGAACCAAAAGAGGAAGAACAAAGAAAAAACAACCUCAAGAUAUUAUAUAUUCAGAUGUGCAACGCUCUACUUCAACUUAAAAUUUUUAUCUCUUGUCUGAUCAGUGUCAUUAGUUCUGUUAGUUCUGUUUAGGUUUUAUAUUUACUGCA